GAGUGUGUCUGUCUGUCAGUCUGUGUGUUACUAGAUGUGGUAAUGCUGAGCCUCUCUGGGAGCUUCCUCUUUUUUCCUGUUUAAAGUUUACUUUCAAUUUACACACUUUGUGACGCAGUUUGUUCCCUCCGUGUGAAGCUCCAGCUGAAGGACCCAGACCCUGCUGAACCUGAACCCAGCUGUGUCCAUGAAGAGAAUGGAGAAUGGAGACACCACUACUUUACUUUAAAAAAUAAAAAAGAAGCCAGCCUGAAAUGGAGAGACCAACUAACAUGGAGGAGGGGAGAAAUAAAAGAGAGAGGCUACUUGAAAUGACGAAUAGAAGGGGGACCCAGCAGAGACCAGAACCUGAACCUGAACCUGAACCUGAACCUGUACCUGAACCUGAACCUGAACCUGAACCCAGCUGUGUGUCCUUUAAGAGCGACCAGUCACAUCAAGGCCUCAUUCACAUUAAAGGAGAGCAACCCUCGGCUGAAAAGAGGAUCCAUCAAAGACCAGACUCUGCUAAACCUGAACCCAGCUGUGUGUCCUUUAAGAGUGACCGGUCAAACGUUUGCCCCAUUGACUUUAAAGGAGAGCAACCCUCUGCUGAAAAGAGGAAGGAAGUCCAGCUGGAGUUUGUAAGCGUAAACUCAAAUCUCACCUAAACAAGAAGUUCCAGUGUAGGUUUGAGGGGAUUGCUAAAGCAGGAAACCAAACCGAUCUGAAUCAGAUGUUCACAGAGAUCUACA